GCGCUGGGCGUGUCUUCAAGGUGAUCUGACAAAUAACUGGCUCGUGCUCGAGCAGGUCACAGACGGGUAUAAAAGCACCUGUCAGCGACUAGUGAUGGCAAAAGGUGUCGUGCUGCAGGAGGGUCAGAGGUCAUGUGGUCCGCAGUGAAACUCGCGCUCAGCUGCUUGCUGUUGCUGCCUUAUGAACUUGAGGCGAAAUCUCUGAUAAAUCUCCUGAAACAGGAAGGAAUCAAUAUCGACUCCAACAAGGCAAAUGAGUUCCUGUCCCACUCUCGACCCAAACGCAAUGCCGAUCCGAAUUGGCACAGGCAGACUCCAGAUUUCCAGGCGUAUUACAGAUACUACACCAGCAUUGGACACACAGAGGGAUUGUAUGAGAUUGACAGAAUCCGGAUGUUGUAUCAGCAGAUGAGACACUUGGAACAAGUUUACGGUCCCAAUGCCUCUUACUACCAGAGCAAACUGGGGCUUCCAGUUCUGCCUCCGCUUCCCAGAUGUGACCCCACCAAAGACAAGGCCUGCAAACCGCCACCACCACCACCCGAAAAGACUCCGGCCCCCGCUCCGGUCAAAGCCCAAACGCCGCAUCAUGUCUCUCAGGCUGAUGUCAUCUACCUGUGCAACAACAAAGACCCCCUCUGUAAGCCACACAUCGUCUACAUGCCCACUGGGGCCGUGCCAGUUCUGUGUGACCCUCGAUACCAUCCCACCUGCAAGCUGCAAGGACCACCCCCUCCUCCACCCCCUAUCAAAAAGUCAGAGCCCGCCCCUCAACCUCCACCCGCACCUAUGCUCUUCAAGGGAAUGGAAUACGACUGUGACCCGUACUGGGAUCCUGACUGCCUCAUUGACAACCCGCCACGCCCCCUCAAGGGUAAAGCCCCACCCCCACCGCCCGUAAUAGAAGAGGAUGAUGAAGAAGAGUCAGAGCCAGCUCCACCUCCACCCCAGCCCAUUAAUAAGAAACAACCAUAUCCGUUUUACCUUCCACCCUACAACUACCAGUCUGAACUAUAUGACCCAUACCGAUACCCGUUUCCUUCUGCCGACACAGAGGACAAAGCAGACGACAGUGCGUAGACCAAAUCCAUGCAAAAAAAGUCCUGAUUGAUGGGAAAUCUACACAAACAUUGUAUUAUUUGUGUUUGUAUUCACUUUGUAGAUUUGUGUUGAGGAGAUACUUUGCUAAACUAUUAAAAUGGAAUUAAAAUUAUUAUUGUAAGUUGUUUAAUUCAAUAACCUGCAUCCUGAAGCCAAUGUACCCCAGAUGGAGGAGGUCCAUCUGUUGUAAUCCUGUAAUAUUGUGAGUUUUUGUGUAGUAAACUCAGCAGGUUUGAAGCUCAUUAGUUUCAACCUCACAUCUGUUUGUGUUCAAAGUGUUUUACAGUCACUCAGCAUGGGCACAAAAACACCCAGAAACUCACAGCCAUAAAAUAAUAUGCACACAAGACACACGUCACUAACACACAACAGUUGCUGAUAUUCAAGUUCACAACAUACAAUUGUAAGAAACAUUUCAUUGUUUCAUAAUAAAGUUGAGCAAUUAAAAUAUGUCUUAUGUAGAUUAUUUUGGGGACAGGUCUCUGCACAGGCAAUCUGUCAGUGAAUAUCAACUAAUUCGAUUCAUGAACGCUUGCACUGUUGAAUGUACUGAAGU